UGACUUCAGAAUAAAAUCUUCCCCGGAAAAGUUUUUCACGUGGUUAUUUCACCCCGAUUAUUUCCAGGUUAUAACUCACUUCCAGGUUUAGGCGUAGGGAAUCUGUUGCUACCGUUGUGUGUAGGUUUCAAGCCGUCACCGAGGGAAAUCGAAUUAAAGGUGCACGGUACAGUGCGGUGACAUCGACGAGCCAGGCUUUCGCCGUUGUGUUACCUUCGCGCAGAGAUUCUCCAAGGAAGAGUACCAGCGCUAAGACGGAACAAACCAAUAGAAAAGGCGUUGUAGCAGCGUCACUUUGCGAAGCUGUGUUUCAGAAUGUCGCAGUCCGACCUGAGCAGCCCCAGGGGUUCGACGAACGGCCUGCCCGAGUCGGGGGGUCUCGGUCUCGCCAAGGAGUCGGAGACGCCGAGUGAGAAGAGUGUUCCAUUGUCGCCAAAAAGAGUUGCACAUCCGCGGCAACUCAGUGUGGCUUUCGCUGAAUCAGUCGAAACUGAGGAAGAGUUGAAGGAGCGGCAAGAAUCCCGCAGAAUGCCAGCAUCCCGGAGAUCCAGUCCACUCUCUCGCACAGAGACUACGAUGUCGACCACCUGGUGCGCUUCUGAGAAAGAGGCCACACCACAGAGUGUUAGUUUCCUCCGAAAGCUUUCUUCGUAUCUUCAAGACAUUCCUUUGGGAUUCUUCCAGAGCCGAGCUGAAGUGCGGACGUGGGGGGAGGAGAAGUUGACGGAUCCCUCUGUGCAGCCCUACCGAAAGCCACGGGUGAUAACACCCUUCCAUCAAACACUACCAGGAUAUGGCAAGGAUGCAUUCAAGCCACUGGAACAGGAGCUGAUGGGAGGAUAUCCAGGGCAAUUUUUCACACUAGCACCUAAGGGUGGCUUUGUUUACAACCCACAUCACCCGAAUAUGGACUUCGCCAGAGUUGAGAUCGAGUACCCAACCUCCUCUGGAGCAUUCCAGCCCCCGACGUACGAGUGGCGGUCCCAGCCAGAAUGUAAAAUGAUGAAUCUUCCGUAUACGAACGCCCUGAUGUUGCCAGCAAAUCCCGCCACAAUGUAUGUUUCGGGCAGCUACAUGACCGCCUAUCCGUAUGGAGUUCCAGCAGUUGAGGAGAACGAAGGGAGCGUGCGCACAGCCCCGGCUUCACGUCGGUGCCGAUUUCUUUGCUGAGGGCCCCCGCCAAAAAGGGCUUUGAGAGUUGACAUGAAAAUGGCUUAAGAAGGUACACACAAAGCAGACCACCUUCCCUAUGUUAUUUCCGUGUUGCCGGUUCCGUGUCCGCAAAGACGGGAGAGGGCAGCAUGGGUCAGCGCUGUUGGGAUCAACAGUCAACGUUCUUUUACAGGUAUUUAUUCCCGUGGAGUAAUUCACCACCAGGUUGUGGUCCGUGAUGGAUACGAUAUCGCUGUAUGAUGGCUCGUCGUACAGCGCGUGAUUUCAUCCGAAAGGUAUCAACUUUUUCUGCAGCUCCGAACAUAAACGGAGCCUAAAGGUAUAACGAAUAUGCCAAUGAA